AUGUUCAAACUGGGCUUCGUCUUCAAGUUUCAGGCGUAUGACGUUUUCCAAGUCGUCGUCGUGUCUCCUGCGGGCAACCUCCUGGGCCUCUAUCCUGCGGAUAGGGAGAUCUCUGAGUUCUCGUUGUAUCACUCUAGCGGGUGGUGCAGCCCGACGACGGUUGAACAUGUCUUCCAGUUGGUCUUCGAGAUCACCAACACCAUAUGGCUCUUGCCUGGCGGCAAUACGUCUGGCCAAGAGUGA